AUGUUUCGUCUUGCCCUAACCCGUCUCGUAUCAACUACGAGAAUUUCAGUUCAAUCUUCGAAAGUUCUCAUCAAUUAUUCACGUUGUUUUCUUCGAAAUCACUCAUCAGAAUUGAAUGAUAUCAAACAUCAACCAACAAAAAUUCCUUUAGCGAGCAUUCAUCAAGGAGAAGCAUCAAAACGAAUGGGAAUUCAAUUUCGUUGUAAAGUAUGUAAUCAUACUUUACAAAAAACAUUUACUCGUCAAUCAUAUGAACACGGAGUUGUUAUUAUUCGCUGUGAUUCAUGUUCAAAUCUCCAUUUAAUCGCCGAUAAUUUAGGUUGGUUUAAAGAUAUAACACAAAAUGGAAAAUUCAAAAAUAUCGCUCAGAUGUUGCAAGCUAAAGGUGAAACGAUACAUCGCAUCACUGCCGUUCCAACUGAUGAUCAAUCCUCCACGUUAGAAGAAAAAACGACAACAGAUAAAAUGUCGACUGCAGUUUGCACUCGGUUAAACGAAAUUCAUAUUGAAUUUGUUUUAAAUGAUCAUGAUACGUUUCUAUUUGACUGUGAUGGUGUUCUUUGGUGUGCACCAAUCGUUCUUCCGGGUGCUAUUGAAUUACUUAACCUUUUGACACAACUAGGUAAACGUGUACUUUUUGUAACUAAUAAUUCGUUGAAAACUCAACGAGGAUUUUCACAAUGGCUCAAUGAAAUUGGAUAUCCAGCUAAACCAGAACAAGUCAUUUCGACUGCAUGGAUUACAGCGAAAUAUUUAAAAUCAAUUAAUUAUAAAGGUCAUUGUUAUUGUAUUGGUAUGCAAUCUAUGGUAGAAGAAUUAUCACGUGAAGGUUUUCAUAUUUCAGAUGGUAUUGGUCCUGAUCCUGUAUCUCCUGAAACGGAUUGGAUUGAAACUAAUACAAUUAAAUUUGAUGAUCAGAUCAAUUGUGUCAUCUCAGCAUUUGAUAUACAUGUUAAUUAUUUAAAAAUUAUCAAAGCGGCAACUUAUCUGAGUCGACCUGAUGUUCUCUUCAUAGCUACAAAUGAUGAUGUUACUACUCCACAAAAUGAUGUAGCUAUUCUACCAGCAGCAUCAGGUCGUUCACCGACAAUUCUCGGUAAACCGCGAGCACCUAUGUUUGAUUCGAUUCGUUUAGCUUUUCCUGAUGUUAAACCAAAUCGAACGAUUAUGAUUGGUGAUCGAUUAGAAACAGAUAUACUAUUUGGUAAUCGUCAAGGUUUAACAACAUUACUUGUUUUUAGUGGAGCAACUAGUGAAAAGAAAUUAGAUAUGGUUAAACAAUCAGCGGAGAAAACAGCGAACGACAGAGAUCUAUUACCAAAAUAUUGCAUUAAAGAUGUUCAACAUUUAUUAGAACUUAUAAUAACACAAACAAAACCUUCCUCGUAG